AUGGCGGCCGCCACGUCCUCCGCGACAACCGUCCCGUCCUCCGCAACAACCGUUACGUCCUCCGCGACAACCGUCUCGUCCUCCGCGACAACCGUCCCGUCCUCCGCGACAACCGUCCCGUCCUUAGCGAUAACUAUCAUCCAACCGCCGCCGGGCACGUUGACGCCGAUCGUCGAUCGAUGGCCAGGCAACCCACUCAAUCUCAACGAUCGUCCGGCAUCUUAUAUCGAAACGAUGCGGUAUCUCGAAUCGGAGAACUCCCGGUUGAAGCGGGAGGUGCAAACCACCCAGGAAACUUUCACUCGGGAAAUGUCCAACAUCGAGGCCGUACUCUCUAACAAACUGAAGCUGCUCGACGAGGCGGACACGAAACGCGUCACGCUCGAGCUCAAUAUCAAACGCUUGCGGGAUGAUAACGAAGAUCUCAAGAACAAAUGUAUACCAUUGUUUAAUGAAUGCUCCUGUGAUUUGCAAUCGUGGGCGAAGUGCAAGACACUUACGGAGAUAGAAAGUUCAAAGCAAGUGGAAGUAUUGCUCACUUCUAAACAUUGGAUGAAGGAGCGAGACGAUUUUGCAAAGGUUAUCAUAUCGCGUGUCUUGCGCGUAUCGUGGGAAAGCCCUAUAGAGGGAAGCAUAUUUCUGCCGCAAACGGCAGCAUACAUGCAAACACAGAGAAGAAUAAAUUGUAGCGCUAUUAUCCAUCAGGCAUUGAAGGAGGUUUUGUUCAUGUUUUCGAGAGGGGAGGAUCCUUUGAUAGACGUGUCAUCCGACCGUGAAGACAGUCCGAAUAAUCAAGCGAGUCCUUUGUUAAGUUUUGUGGGGGCUUCUUCAUCUUGUCAAUUACCGAUGAUACCAAUACCAGGCGACAACUCAUCAGAACCGAAAAGUUUUACUUAUUUAUUAAAUUGUUAUACAAGAAUUGCAAUUGAAGAAAGAAAUCAUGGAAAGCAAUCCUGUCUAGUUCUCAACGAAUUUCUCUACGAAAUAGUGGCAAUUUUGAAAGCGCUAUGUGUUCACUAUUCCAGCCUCGUUUUACAAGAGUUAAUGGGCAUUUACCAACCUGCUGUCAUACCUUAUUGCACCACUUAUCUUUUCUAUCGGAUAUUAUCGCAGAACUUACCUCGGGGCUAUCUUCGCGAGCUCGUGGCUAGGACACACACGGAUCCGGAUAUGUUCGAUCAAAUUUUCACUCCAGUCUUGUAUGAGCUGUAUUUCGCGAUACACAAGGCGAGCUUAAACGGCAAUACGCCAAGAAGACCGAUCGAGACGCUAAGCGAACUGAUAGAGAUUCGCAGUGGACCAAACAGCAAUAUACAUCCGAUUUGCCGUUUGAUAACGAAUCAAGUUCAAUUCUUGCCUGAUGUUAUGACAUCAGCAGCCGGAAGAGAGCUCUCGAGAACUUCACUUCUGGGACCGUUUCUCUCGGCAUUGAUAUCUGCCGAAGUGCAACCGAAACUGCUGGAGAUAUUCUUCAUUACAAAUUUUGACAAUCUGAAAAAGUCGACACUCCAGCUGCAGCCAGGGUUGGAGAUUACCAGAAUGUCGUUGCACAAGAUGUUUGAUACGAUACUCGCGAAUAGCAGUUGCCGCGAUGCCACUCUUGCGUACUUGGCGGCGUUGCUACGUCACAACGAGAAACGCGCGCAAAUACAGACGGAGGACAGUCCCUCCUUGGCCGAAGAUGGAUUUAUGUUGAAUCUACUAUCAAUUUUGCAAAUGCUCUCUGUAAAGAUCAAGCUGGAUGCUGUAGAUCCGCUAUAUCCAUUUCAUCCUUCCAAUUUCGUCGAGAUAAAGAACGACACAAGAUUGAAUCUCACUUCGCAAGAGGUUGCGGAAUGGCAGAAACAUUUGGACAGCACACAUAAAUGGACGGAACCGAAGUUUCCGACACAAUGUUGGUUCCUCACGCUGCAUUGUCAUCGCAUCGCGCUGUUACCGGCGUUGCAAAAUUAUCGGAGAAAAUUGUAUGCCUCAGAGAAUUUAGUAAAAAUGUUCGAAGAACUGCAAGCUACAGAAUCUCAAUGGAAAGAUGGUCCUUUAGCGGAGCACAAUAAAGACUUGAUCAAACAAUGGAAGCGACAGUUGAAGCAACUGGUUACAUUCAAAUUAUGUGCAGAGGUAGCUCUGCUAGAGCCCAUCUUUUUGAAAAGAUGCUUACGCUUUUAUAUAUCGGUCGCCGAAUUUUUGCUGAGUCUUCUAACGCAGACUGUUCUGGAUAUUUCGCUUCCCAAACUUCCGUUGUCUCAAAAAGUUAUGUGCAAAUUCACCGCAUUACCAGAAUGGUACAUGGAAGACAUAGUGGAAUUCUUGUUAUCCAUGUUCGAAUUCGGCCCAUAUAUGUGGUGGUUUGAUAUAGAUAUAUCGCCGCUUAUCACUUUGUUACUCGUCGUCGUGUGUACGCCACAUUGUAUACGAAAUCCGCAUCUUAUUGCAAAAAUCAUCAAGGUUCUUUAUAAGAUUCAGGUAGGAGUUUGUACACGAGGAACAGAAACUUUUAGCCACAAAUUCUUGGCACAUCCUAUAUCCAAGACAUUUCUGGCGUCGCAUCUCAUGAAGUUUUAUACCGACGUUGAAAUCAUUAACAUUAAUUCCGAAUUUGAGAAUAAAUUUACAGUAUGUUAUCACAUAAGUGUGAUCUUAAAUUCGGGAACGACCCAAUCGCGAGAUGGACCCGAUGCUCUUCAAGGAGCGCAGAGAAUGCCUACGUCCUUCCUUUGCUCGUAA